UUUUGUUUACCAAAUUGACUUGUGACUUGUGAUAAUUUAUAUAUUUGUGUAAUAAUUAUAUUAAAAAUAUUUUUUAACAAUGUUAAACGAAAAUACAUUUUUGAUCAAACUGGAAUCUAUUAUGGUAUAAUAAAGGCUUUCACACUAAUCAAAAUUCAAGCUGGAUAUAUUUAGUUGACAAUAUUUGCAUGGGUGUAAAUGUUUUAUUAAAGUUGCUGCUGCUGCUACUGCCGUUAGCAGCGGCUGCAACCGAAUCAGGCUUCGCUGGACGAAUAAAUUUCGAUGACAUCCAAUUAAAUCAAAAAGAACCAUUUUCUUCCACGAUUUCCAAUGGCUGGUUGCCCCUUGCUAGAAAACGAUACGCCGCUGGUUGUGAAUACGGUCGCAGUUACUGGAACGCAGCCGGCCAGAGGUGCGUCGCCUGCUCCCUCUGCGGUAGCGAGGAAAUUAUUGUUCGGCCUUGUGGUUUAGACAGAGAUGUAGUAUGUGGCCCUCUAUCAGAUUUACAUUCAGAUUAUUGGGCCUGGCUACAAAAUAGAUUUAUUAAAAAUGCCGAAGAACGGAAAGAAAGAACUUUGGACAACGCAGGAAUUGCUGUGCCUCUGCGAACGAAGGAGAUGUCUGAGCUUGCAGAUUGGAAAUGGGAUUGGGAAGCCGGAGUGCUCCUUAUGGCUAUCAUUGUCUGCGCCCUAUUUUUUGCAGUUGUGGCAGGAUAUUCUCUUCAUCAUGCACGACACUGGCGAAUACUUGAAGAACACUACGAAGCAGAUGCACCAAGUCCAACAAGUACGGUUGAAGCUGAUAAAGACUCGAGAAAGGCAUUAGUUGAUGCAAACCGACGAAUAACAAUACAUGAGAUCCCAUUAAGUAAAAAUUUAUCAAAUUUAACAAUUCAUCACUAUCAAAAGUUGCUGCUGCUGCUACUGCCGUUAGCAGCGGCUGCAACCGAAUCAGGCUUCGCUGGACGAAUAAAUUUCGAUGACAUCCAAUUAAAUCAAGAAGAACCAUUCUCUUCCACGAUUUCCAAUGGCUGGUUGCCCCUUGCUAGAAAACGAUACGCCGCUGGUUGUGAAUACGGUCGCAGUUACUGGAACGCAGCCGGCCAGAGGUGCGUCGCCUGCUCCCUCUGCGGUAGCGAGGAAAUUAUUGUUCGGCCUUGUGGUUUAGACAGAGAUGUAGUAUGUGGCCCUCUAUCAGAUUUACAUUCAGAUUAUUGGGCCUGGCUACAAAAUAGAUUUAUUAAAAAUGCCGAAGAACGGAAAGAAAGAAUUUUGGACAACGCAGGAAUUGCUGUGCCUCUGCGAACGAAGGAGAUGUCUGAGCUUGCAGAUUGGAAAUGGGAUUGGGAAGCCGGAGUGCUCCUUAUGGCUAUCAUUGUCUGCGCCCUAUUUUUUGCAGUUGUGGCAGGAUAUUCUCUUCAUCAUGCACGACACUGGCGAAUACUUGAAGAACACUACGAAGCAGAUGUUGAAGAGAUUUCAACAAGACUAGCUUUGAUAAGUGCAGCUAGUGCCUCAUUGUCUGAUUGUACUCAUCCUAAUAAUAUCGUGUCGACGACCCCCGAUUCUAACCAAGAUGGAAAUUGUUCGAAUUUAGAACAGUUAUUAGCCGGAAAAUCUACAUCAAGACAUCCUGGACGAGUUAACAUCUAUAUAGAAGAUAAUGAAGCAUAGUGAAAGACAUUUAAAUCGAAAAUAAGUACAAAAUCUCGUGUUGUAAGGUGC